UUACAAAGAUAUCAAACGAUUUAGUCACUUCAUUUCAUCUUUAAGAAAAAUGUCGAGCACUCAGUUUAAUGCAGGCGAAACCCAUGGCAAAACUCAGGCCAAGACAGAGCAAUUGGUUGAUUCAUGCAAGGAUACAGCAAAUGCAGCCCGUGACCGAUCUGCCCAGGCUGCAGAUCAGAGUGCAGGAUUCCUUCAGCAGACUGGUGAGCAAGUGAAGAGCAUGGCUCAGGGUGCUAUUGAUGGUGUGAAGAACACGCUUGGAGUUGGUGACAACAACACUAAGAAGUGAAAGAAACACGUCAGUCAUUCGUGCGAAUCAUGACUUAGUUGAUUUAUUUGUUGGUCAUUUCCUAUAAUUAGGAGUUUCCUACACUCGAAUGGUAUAAGGAAAUCAUAAGUAGGGGUUUCUUUUUAAGGAUUUCUCGGAUGAUGUAAUAAGAGCUUUUAGGAAUUUGUCGCUAAAGUGGAGUUUAUACCAUUUUGAUGAUUUUUAGGUUAGCUUAGGAUUUGCUUCAGUUUCUAGCUUAUUUAGAGUUGGGAGCAUGUUAAU